ACCCCGUCAUCUUUCAUCUUCCCCCCCUCAUUCACCUACGAUUAAAAUUUCUAGGGUUUUUAUUCCCAAAUCAGAGCGCCGGAAAGAAAAAAAAAAAUGGGGCACUCCAACAUCUGGAAUUCUCACCCUAAGAGCUAUGGUCCUGGAUCUCGCGCGUGUCGUGUUUGCGGAAACCCUCACGCAAUCAUCCGCAAGUAUGGUUUGAUGUGUUGCAGGCAAUGCUUCCGUAGCAAUGCCAAAGAAAUUGGUUUUAUUAAGUACCGAUGAUGCACAAUAUGACUCCACAGCAGAAGAAGUUUUAUUUUUUUUCCGUAGACCAAAACAAUGGAUCAUUUUAAUAUCUGAUUUUAGGCAAAGGUCACUGGAUAUGUAUGGACAGUAUGGUCCUCUAUAUUUUGUUAUUAAAAUUUUGCACGAUUUGCUGUUAUGAAAAUAUAGUCUUGGUUAUUGUUUUAAAA